AAAAAGCGCAAUGGCUCUCCCACCACUACACGACCUCCAAAACCAACCCAACAACCUCGCCAUCUCGACUCCACUUCAAACACCAUCUCUCUCAAUAACCAGUACCAUCGAAACCUCUAACGAAAAAGAAAACCUCACCACCACCACAGAAGAACUACCACCAACACCACCCCCCGAACAACCCCAACCCAAACUCCAACCCCUCCUCAUGCACGAAACCCACACCUCCCCAAAAACACAACACUUCUCCCGCUCCCUCCUCCUCUUCCUCCAACACCCCAUCACCGACUACUGCAUCGGGCAAGCCCAAGCGCGAUACCUGGACCGCGCUGCCCUCAAAUCGUCUCUCACCACAAAGAAAUCCCACAAGAAUAAAACCCCGAAUUCAACCCACCGCCCAACCUUCCACCUCGCACAAUCCGUCCAAUCCCUCAACGACGGUGAUUCCGACGCCCUGGCGCUCGCAGUGGCAAUUUUCAACGCGGACGGGACGGUCAUGCGGAAACACACCCUCUCUCCCUCCUCUCCAUGGGGAAAAGAGCUAGAAGAAGGCGGGAUACUAGUCCUGAGUUAUUUGUUAGUGGAGAGGGAGUUUCGACGACAAGGGUUUACUAGUGUUUUGGUGAAGGGACUGGUGGAGAGAGCGAAGGGGGCGAGGGGGGGUGUGAGGUGGGUUUUUGUUAAGCCGGGGGUUAUCAGGAGUGAUUUGGAGGGUGAGAAGGAGGGGAGUAGGGAAAAGGAGGAGGAAGAGAGGGCGUUGGAGAGAGCGAGGAGUUUUUAUAAGGGGGUGGGGUUUCGGAGGGUUGGGGAUAGUAGGUGGUUUUGCUUGGCUGUUGAGGGGUGA